ACCCCAAAACCAACCACCCCCACCCCACUCCAAACCCCAUCCUAGCUACCACCAUGACUGAAAGCCAAAAGCAAGGAGAAGUCAUGUGGCCUAGAUUGAUGGCCAACAAGCUGCUUCGAAGGCCAUUGGGCAGCAAGUCCUUCAUCACGGACUUCCCGAGCACUGAGAUGUUGCUCGAAGUGGCUGGUCUGGAUGAUCCCAUCAAGCCAAAGAGAUUGUCUAAUGAUCAAAUAGACACCCAAAAGUACAAGCUCUUUGUUGGUACGUGGAACGUUGGUGGCAUCCCUCCCACCGAUGAUCUAAAUUUGGAGGAUUGGUUAGACACAAAGAAUAGCUCCUAUGACAUCUAUGUUCUUGGGUUCCAAGAAAUUGUGCCGCUUAAUGCCAGAAACAUCCUCGGCCCAGAAAAGAGUAGAAUCUCCGUGAAGUGGAACUCACUCAUCAGGGCAACAUUAAACAACUCUCUAUCCAACGCACAAAGAGGCCAGGAUUCUAAGCUAGGGGAGAAGCAGAAGGUGUAUCCGGUCAAGCAAGGCAGUUCCAAGGAAAGCAUUGUGCAAGACUUUCGAUGCAUUGUAAGCAAGCAGAUGGUAGGGAUUCUAGUCUCCGUUUGGGUGAGAGGAGAUCUCCGACGAUAUAUUCGUCACCCUAGUAUCUCCUGCAUCGGUUGUGGCAUUAUAGGCUGCCUAGGGAACAAGGGUGCAGUUUCAGUAAGGUUUUGCCUGCAUGAAACUAGCUUCUGUUUCGUAUGUUGUCAUUUGGCUUCAGGAGGAAAAGAAGGAGAUGAGAUGCGCAGGAAUUCGGAUGCCAUGGAGAUUUUAUCCAGGACAAGCUUUCCUCAUGGCCCUCCUCUUGAUUUGCCACAAAAAAUUCUAGAUCAUGAUCAAGUAAUCUUGCUUGGCGACUUGAACUAUAGAAUCUCCUUGCCGGAGGCCAAAAUACGAACUCUAGUGGAGCAAAAGGAAUGGAACAUUCUGUUAGAGAAAGAUCAGCUGAGAAUGGAGGUCUCGGAGGGUCGGAUAUUUGAAGGUUGGCAUGAGGGCGAGAUCUCGUUCUCUCCCACAUAUAAAUACUACCCAAACUCAGAUACAUACGGUGGGUGCAUUCAAGGCAAGAAAGAAGAGAAAAGACGAGCUCCAGCAUGGUGUGAUCGGAUUCUAUGGCAUGGGAAAGGUUUGAAGCAAAACCGAUAUGAACGAUGCGAGUCUAGACUAUCUGAUCACCGGCCUGUGAGAGCAAUUUUCUCUGCAGAGGUUUGGUCACCACAAGCCGUAAUAGCUCCUUAAGAAGCUUUUUUCUUGUCAGAUAGAUUCGAUCCAAUCGCUAGCCACAUCGAAUUGUUGCCAAAUGAAGACUAUAUUAGCAGUGGAAGAUCAAGCCUACAGGCUACACAUCUAGGCCCCAUAUUGACCUACUCGAAAUGACAUGAAGUGGCCAGUCAUUCACAAUUACAUUAUUAUCUCCAGCCAUUGACUCACCAAUAUACUUUGGGGGUGAGCUUUGCUCUAUCACAUGAGUAACCCUUUCCUUAAGCUUCAAAAGAGCUUGGGAAGCUGUUUUUAAUGUACCUUUCUGGUCUCUUCAGUAUAUAUUUAUAGAGAGGAUCUCAGUCCAGUGUAUAUUUCUAUGUCAAGAUUUAAAAAUUUGUGCAGUAGAGUGCUAGUAAUUAGUAUGUCUAAUUUUUUACUCAAAAAAAAAGAGCAAAGAAAAGCACAAAUUCUCUAUGG